AUGCAAUCCAUCCUCCAACGAGGCCGCUCAUUCUUCACCCCGACCCCCUCGGCCACCCCGCAGGAUAGUCCCAAAGACAGCCCCAAACCCGAGGAGGAUAAUGAUGCAGCCCCCUCGGCCGACACGCUUUUCCUAAAGACCGACCCCGCCGUGGACGGCGAGGAAUGUCUGCACGACUGUGCGUCCUGCACGGUGAAAUACCCUGCUAAAUUCGAUGUCGACCAGGAGGAUAACAUGUAUGGGAAUAUCAAUGGCUGGUCGACGCACGUGCUGGUUGCGACCGGGAAGUCGGAUUGGGUGAGGGAUGUUGCGGAUGAAGAGGGUAGUGUCAUGGAGGCUAUUGAGAAGGGGGGGCUGGUGCCUAGUAAUGGGAAACUGAAAUUAUCCGCCUCCAAUAUGCCCGUCCCGGACGAGUAUCAUUAUCAUGAUGCGGGCAAGCAGCCUACGACUGUGUUGCUUCUGCCCAGGUUUACCAUUGUUGAUCAUGUUACGCCGCAGCUGGCGCCGGAUUUGAUCAAGUAUUUUGUUAAUCGGUCGCCGACGACUACUACCCCUCUAGGCGGUGCUGUAUCCGAGUCUGCGGCCACUGGAAACAACAAUGAGGAUGAGCAACAGCAACAACAACCCUCAAUCGAAGAACAACAGGAAGAAGAAAACAUCGACAUUCAUACCCUUACCUCCCUCCGCUCCCGCCCCUCCCCUCACUCCGCCGUUAUUCUGCUCUGUUCGCACCGCACCCGCGACGCCCGCUGCGGGCAGUCCGCGCCACUCCUCCGCAAGGAGUUCGAGCGCCAUUUGCGCCAUCUAGGCUUGUAUCGGGAUAUGGAUGAUGAGAGGCCUGGUGGUGUGGGGAUCUACUUUAUCAAUCAUGUUGGUGGGCAUAAGUAUGCGGCGAAUGUGAUUAUUUAUCGGAGGAGGGACUUUGAGUGGUAUAAGAAGACGGAGGAGGGAGCUGGAGAGACAGAGGAAGAGGGCGCGGCGCAGGGCAUCUGGCUUGCGAGGGUGAGGCCGCAGGAUUGUGAGAAUAUUGUGAGGUAUACGGUGUUGCAGGGGAAGGUGGUUAAGCCGGGAGAGCAGUUGAGGGGUGGGUUUGAUAGGGAGAGGGGGGUAACGAGUUGGUAG